AGAGAUUUCUUCUUCUUACAUCUUAGCAAAUUAAUCUCUCAUCUCCUAUUCCAAUUUUAAAAACAAGGGUUUUAGUUCUCUACAAAGCUUGGUUCUGUUAAUUUGAAUGGAGGGUUCAAUUGAUUUUCUUCAAUUGCUUGAUGGUGACUUAUCCUCUAAAAUUCUCUCCAAUUUGGAUGAUCCAGCUGAUGUUGUUCGUGUUGCUUCUAUUUCACAUUCCUGGCGCCAUUUUGUGAUUGCAAGUGAAUUCUCCAAGAUUCUUUACUUAAGAUUGUUUCCAGAAACAUCAGGCGUUAUUGCAGCCAUUGAAGAAAACAAUAUAAUAGAGCCUUCGGAGGUCGAGACCACCGGUAGUGUGGAAGUGGAGAAGCUGAAGAAGAACCAUCAAAUUUAUGCUUUGCUAGCACGAGGUCUGGCUCCUUCUUUGACAAAAGAUUGCAUUUUCGAGGCUAUAAGUGCGUCUAGUACUGAUCAUUAUCCGGAAGAAAUGAUUCACCUCACUUUGGAACCUACUGAUAGAGUAUACAGGAGGCCUUCUUACUGGUCAAGUUUGGGAGAGAGUAAUCCUGAGGUUCCUGAGACGUUAACUUACAAAUUGGUGUCCAAGUUGUGUUUUAUUACUGAAAUCAACAUCCAACCAUUCCAAGUGUUUUACGAUGAUUUUCCGAUAUGUUCGGCCAAGGCCGUGCGAUUUCGAGUAGGACAUGUCAGGGAUUUACAGCGAGAGAGAUAUCUUAUAGGUGAUUAUAGGGCAGGUCGAAGAUCCAUUGAAGAUCAAGUAGUAUGGACAUACACUUCAGAAAAGUUUCCAAUGGUUCAGGAAAAUUGUUUACAAAAUUUCAAGCUACCAGAACCUGUUCUUGCCGUUGGUGGACUUCUGCAGAUUGAACUGUUUGGAUGAGUGGCGCUUGCAGUUGAUGACUUAUUCUACUUUUGUAUCACUCAGGUUCAAGUUGUGGGACGACCACUCAGAGAUGAUUUUGUUGCUGAGUUAAUUGAUCAGUCUAGGAAAUGCGUCUUGAAGUACAACCCAGAAACAGCCACUUGUAACAAUUGAAGCAUAUAAUUAUCUGAAGUUUAUGCAUCAGAUAUGGUGUAUUUAGAGUGUGAAAGCUGUCGUUUCUUAUUUUAUCUUUUGCAACUGUGUUUUCUCUGUGCCUAUAACUAAGACAGAAUCAGGUGUUUUAUAAAAAAUUUGUGAUAUUUUUCCUCAAUAAAAUUUGACAUCUUUCAUGGAAGUGGAAUCUAUUUCAAGUACUAAUCUUUUCGGAAUGUAGAUGAAGCAGUUGAGCUACCUCUUUCUUUUCUGAUGAGCUGCUUAAAUGUAGAUUUGGAGUCGGUUCUAUAGAUUUCUGACGAGUUGCUUAAAUGCAACCUUCUGAGAUUUCUGUUUCUUCUGCUAUUCUUGGCUUAACAGUGGCUGGUGAGGGUUUGGCUCUCCGAAGCUGUUGACUGGAAUGGCGGAUUCUAGGGAUUUUCUACCACUGCUCAACCAUGAUAUGUCAUUGAAAAUUUUCUCGUAUUUGGGAUCAGCUGACGUUGUUCGCGCUAGUGCUGUUUCACAUUCCUGGCGCGCAUUUGUGAUUGCAAAUGGAGUCUCUAAGAGUCUUUGCUUAAGGCGGUAUCCAGAAACAUCAUGCGCUAUAAAAGCCAUUGAAGAGGAGAAUAUAAUAGAGCCUUUGGAAGUCGAGACCAACGGUAAUGUGGAAAUGGAGAAGUUGAAGAAAAACCAUCGAGUCUAUGCCUUCCUAGCACGAGGUCUGGAUUACUAUGCGACAAAUGAUUGCAUUUUAGAGGCUAUAUGUGCGUCUAGUACAGAUAACUUUCUGGAAGAAAAUAUUCGCAACACUUUGUUACUUUAUAGGGGGGGAAUCUUACUGGUCAAGUGAAAGAGAGAGCAAUCCUGAUCUUCCCGAGACAUUGACGUAUAAAUUGGUACCCAAAUUGUGUUUCAUUACUAAAAUUAGAGUCCAGCUAUUUCAAGCCUCGGCCAAGGCUGUGCGAUUUCGAAUGGGCCACUUCAGGACGCCAGAACGAGAGACUGAUCUUGUUGGUGAUUAUGAGGCACAUCCCAGAUCCAUUGAAGAUCACGAAGUGUGGACAUACACCUCACAAAAGUUUCCAAUGCUUCAGGAAACUUGCUUGCAAAUGUUCAGUUUACCGAAACCUGUUUUUGCCAUUGGUGGACUUCUGCAGAUUGAACUGUUGGAUCGGGUUCCUGGCCCCUUACACGUGCGUGUGUCUCAAGUUGAAGUCGUGGGACGCCAACUCACAGGUGAUUUCAUUGUUGAGCCAAUUGGUUGCUCCGGGGAAUACGCCCUGAAGCAUAUCCCAGGUACAGAAUGUACCAGAUAUUAUCAAUGUGGAGACUGUGGUCGCUGCUGCCAGUGACAAACCUAUGAUGAAGAAGAGAGACAGAAGUGCUGAUUCUGUGUGUGCUUGUGGGAAGACUUUUUAAGUAAAUUCGUGUAUUUGGGUAGUAAAAAAAAAAAAGAAAAGUUAAAAAACCCAGAUUUCAUUCAUUAUAAUUUGAAUUUCUGAUAUCAAUAAAUUUUUGUAAAUUUCAUCAACAAUAAAAAAAAUAUUUCCCAUUUUAAA